AUGGCGACACUCUCUCUGGCCACGCCGUAUUCCCCUUGCCCGUAUAAGCGGGUUGGGGCGAUUCAAUUCGGAGUGCUGAGCGCCGAGCAGAUCCAGCGCAUGUCUGUAUGCGAAAUAACGAGCGCGGAGCUCUAUGAACAGGGGCUGCCAAAGGCAAACGGUCUAAAUGACCUCCGUCUCGGCACCUUGGAUUAUCGGCUGAAAUGUCAGACCUGCUUCAUGGAUGUCAAGAACUGCCCAGGCCACUUUGGCCACCUCAACCUCGUCAAGCCCGUAUACCACUACGGCUUCAUAGGGGCAGUUUUGCGCGUACUCCGUUGCGUCUGCUGCUCAUGCGGUCGCCUUCUUGUCUCCCGCAACGAUCCCAGACUUCAGGCAGCAGCGCAAGUAAAGGCUCCUGCGAAACGGCUGAAGAGGCUGGUGGACCUAUGCGCGGGGAGGAGGAGGUGUGACAUGGAAGAUGAUAUGUCGGAGGAGUCUGCGGGCGUGGGUGGUGGCUGCGGCUGUCUGCAGCCACGCUACUUUAAAGAAGGGCCUAACCUGAUGGUGGCAUUUCCAGAGAAGAAGGGGGGUGCGGAAGGAGACGAAGAGGCCCCUGAGGACCUGCGACGUGUAUUGGUCCCUGAGGAGGCGCUUGCUAUCAUUAAGAGGGUGCCCGAACAAGACAUACGUUUGCUGGGCUUCGACCCUGAGAGAGCUCAUCCGGCGUCCUUUAUUCUCAGCACUCUACCCAUUCCCCCACCGGCAGUCCGCCCCAGUGUGCAAAACGGGAACACCAGGAGCGAAGAUGACUUGACGCUGAAACUUGUAGACAUUGUCAAGACAAACGCUUCGCUCAAAAGACAGGGAGACUCAGUACCUUCGGCUGUUCUGCAGGAAAUGAAUCUGCUGCUGCAGUACCACGUUACCACCUUUUUCGAUAAUGACAUUCCUGGGGUCCCAGUAGCGACUACGCGCUCCAAGAAACCCAUCAAGGCUCUUCGGUCACGACUUAAAGGGAAGGAGGGCCGACUGAGAGGGAACCUGAUGGGCAAGCGCGUCGACUUCUCCGCGAGAACUGUUAUUACUGGCGACCCGAAUCUACCUAUCGACGUCGUGGGUGUGCCCAAGAGCAUCGCGAUGACCUUGACCUAUCCAGAAUUUGUGACGCAUUUGAACAUCAACAAAUUAAAGGAACUGGUGAAGAAAGGGCCAUUAGAGUGGCCGGGAGCAAAAUAUGUCAUUAGAGAAGAUGGGACGAGGUUUGAUUUGCGGCAUGCAAAGAAAGGAGGGGAGGUGGCGCUCGAGGUUGGGUACCGCGUCGAGCGGCACAUGCAAGACGGAGACUACGUGCUAUUCAACCGUCAGCCCUCUCUGCACAAGAUGUCCAUUAUGGGACACCGGGUGCGGGUACUGCCGUACUCGACUUUUCGUUUGAAUCUGUCGGUCACUUCACCGUACAACGCAGACUUUGAUGGGGAUGAAAUGAAUCUGCACUUGGCACAAAGCGAAGAGACAAGAGCAGAAAUAAAGCAUCUCAUGCUUGUACCCAAACAGAUUGUUUCACCCCAAGGAAACAAACCCGUCAUGGGAAUCGUGCAGGAUUCCCUAUUGGCCGUCAGCAAGUUCACUCGCCGCGAUACGUUUUUGACGCGCCCAAUGGUGUUCGACUUGCUGCUUCAAAUCCCAUAUUGGGAUGGCAUUGUCCCUUCCCCGGCAAUCCUCUGUCCCGAACCGCUGUGGACGGGCAAGCAGUUGUUUUCUUUGCUGCUUUGCUUCAACACGAGCACAGGUGGUGGCGGUGCCAAUACGCGGAUGCGGAUCAACAUGAUGAGGGAUGUAGGCGGGCUCGUGGACCGGAAAAAGGAGAACUUGUUUGUUUCAGAACGGGACGAAAGGGUUAUUAUUCGCCAAGGGGAGCUUCUUGCGGGAAAGAUUUGCAAGAAGACCGUGGGAUCUUCCAGCGGCUCCCUUAUUCAUCUUCUUUGGAACGAAGCGGGGCCUGAGCGUACCAAAGACUUCUUGGGGGCACUUCAGAAACUGGUGAAUUUUUGGCUGUUGCACCAGGGAUUCACGGUGGGCUGCAGCGAUAUCAUUACUUCCCAGGAGACGUGCAAGAAGGUUGAGGAGAUCUUGAAAGAGGCUAAAGACGAAGUAGCUCACUUAACGCGUCUUGCUCACCAGGGAAGGCUGGAAGCUCAACCGGGUAAAAGUCUGCGUGAAAGUUUUGAAGCACGUGUCAACAAAGAACUCAACGCCGCCAGAGAGAAAUCCGGGAAAAUCGCAUCGGAACAGCUUGAUGAAUCCAACAACAUCAUGGCAAUGGUGCUAGCUGGAUCUAAGGGGAGCACGAUUAACAUAUCUCAAAUUAUGGCAUGCGUGGGUCAGCAGAACGUGGAGGGAAAGCGUAUUCCUUUCGGCUUCAAUAAUCGGUCACUGCCGCAUUUCAGCAAAUUCGACUACUCUCCUGAAAGCAGAGGCUUUGUCGAGCACAGCUAUCUCACAGGACUACUGCCACAGGAGCUGUUCUUUCACGCCAUGGGUGGUAGAGAAGGUAUCAUUGAUACUGCCUGCAAGACUUCAGAAACUGGGUACAUCCAGCGCCGGUUGAUGAAAGCAAUGGAGGACGUGAAAGUAAGUUACGACAGAACCGUGCGUAACAGCGCUCAGGAGGUUUUACAGUUUUUGUAUGGUGAGGAUGGCAUGAGUGGCGAGUUCGUUGAAGACCAAGUUAUAGAGUUGAUGCAAAUGGAUUCGGAGAAGAUAAGGCGCGUGUACAAGCAUCAUUUUGAUCAGGAAAGCUAUGGAAAGGGAUGGAUUUUAGAUGAGGAGCUGCGCACUCGCUUGUCCGUCGAUUUCGCGGCCCAGCAGGUCCUAGAAGAUGAGUUUGAAACUAUAAAAGAAGAUAAAUUACGGCUCUGCAAGACGAUUUUCCCAGAUGGGGAAGUCAAGCAGCACAUUCCAAUCAACAUCAUGAGACUAGUCGAAUUCGCAAAGGCACAGUUCCCAGCCUCUGUGGAGCAGCUGCGGAAGCAGGACCCUGUUGCGAUCGCAAAGAGCGUGCAGGAGUUGCUGAACGAGAAGCUUGUUGUCGUCAAACAAACGUGCAAGGCGGAUACCAUCUCAGCAGAGGUGCAGGAGAACGCCACAAUCUUUAUGAAGGCACACCUGAGGACCGUUCUCAACUCCAGGCGUCUACUUGAAAGGGAACAGCUUGGGGCGAAGGCUGUCCACUGGUUGCUAGGUGAAGUGGAGCGUCAGUUUCACCGUUCUCUAGCUCACGCUGGGGAAUGUGUAGGAGCCAUUGCUGCCCAGUCUAUUGGAGAACCUGCCACGCAAAUGACGCUGAACACUUUUCACUUUGCGGGUGUCGGUUCUAAGAACGUAACGCUAGGUGUGCCUCGGCUGAAGGAACUGAUAAAUGUCGCGAAAACCGUCAAGACACCUAGUUUGACGGUCUACCUUCUCGACGAAGGCGCCUAUGACCAGGAGAGAGCCAAAGACGUGCAGACACACUUGGAGCACACGACGCUGGAGAAGGUUUGCACGAUGGCACAAGUCAUUUAUGACCCUGAUCCCACGAAGACGAUCGUGCCACAAGACAAGCAGUGGGUGUCGGAUUACUACGAGUUCCCGGAUGACGAAGAAUUACCUCAGAGUCUAGGCAGGUGGCUGUUGAGGGUGCAACUGGAUUCGAAGGUGAUGAUUGACAAGAAGCUUACGAUGAAGGAAAUAGGUGAAACCAUAUACAGAGAAUUCGACAAUGAUGAGCUGGAUUGCAUCUGGACGGAUGACAACUCUGACGAGCUGGUGUUGAGGAUACGCAUCAAAAAGCACGGGCAAGAACAAGACCCAAACAGUGACGACCAGUCCUCGGAAAUCGAAAAUAGGUUCCUCCAGAAACUCAUGCUGCACUGUCUCGUUGGCAUUACUCUAAGGGGGGUCAGCCGCAUUACCAAGGUGUACAUGCGGGAGGAGGCGAGGACACUGUAUAACGAAACAACUGGAAAGUUCGAGCGCGUUAACAACUGGGUACUGGACACUGAUGGGUGCAACCUGGACGAGGUUCUGACGUGUCCCCGCGUCGACUCAACACGCACGACCAGCAACGACAUAACGGAGAUCUUCGACGUGCUGGGCAUUGAGGCUGUGCGCCGUGCGCUUCUGAGGGAACUCAGGGCUGUCAUAUCUUUUGACGGGAGCUACGUGAACUACCGUCAUCUGGCGAUAUUGUGCGACACGAUGACACAAAAGGGCUACCUCAUGAGCAUCACUCGACACGGAAUCAACAGGGUCGAGAAGGGGCCCCUGAAGAAGUGCUCAUUCGAGGAAACGGUGGAAAUCUUGAUGGAGGCGGCAGUGUUUGCGGAAACUGAUCAUCUGAGAGGAGUGACGGAGAACAUCAUGCUAGGUCAGCUGUGCCCCUUGGGGACAGGAGAUGUUGACUUGCUCAUAGAUGAAGAGAAACUGAAAGACGCACACAGAGCUGUAGAGCCGCAACAAGAUCUAGCCCUUGAGGGUUUAGCCUCACCUGGCGGGGCUGACGGCAUGUCGCCCGACGGUUCCGGCACGCCGUCGCCGCACAACGUGACUUCGGUCUUUUCGCCAAUGCCAUUCUCAACUGUAUAUUCUUCCUUCGCGCAAUCUCCAUCGAACCCUCUCUCCCCCACUUCUCCGUCAGCAGCUGAUGGUCGCCUCAUUGACACCCAAGCACUGGGCGGAAAAUUCUCACCGCCUCAGCAGACACCUCGUUCCCCUACAUCCCCCAUGUCUCCUCUUUCUUGCUUUUCUCCACGCGAGGCACAGAAUCCCAUGUCGCCUAUAGGCCAGGGUUACUUUUCGCCGGCGUCUCCAGUCGUUGGGGGUGCGAUAGAAACGUUCUCCCCGUCUUACUCCCCGUCUUCUCCUCUUCAGAGUCCGUACUACCAACCGAACACCAGGGAUGCAGAUGGUGCGGGUAACGUAGCAUCUCCGUCUUACAGCGCUUCAUAUUCUCCAACAUCCCCAACUUUUUCACCGGCCUACUCACCAUCCUCUCCGGCCUCGUACUCGCCCACAUCGCCUGUCUAUUCGGCCGUGGGCAUGAACCCUACCUCCCCUCUUGUAGGUGCCCCACUAGCCCCAUUUUCUCCGAACCAGAAUGUCGCUUCUCCGUCGUAUUCGCCCACUUCGCCGGCAUACUCGCCAACGUCUCCUUCGUACUCCCCCACCUCACCUGUCGCGGACCCCGUCUCCCCCACCUCGCCUGCCUACUCACCCACUUCCCCACGCUACUCUCCCACAUCCCCCCGUUAUUCUCCAACCUCGCCGGUGUACUCCCCACAGUCGGGGGGAUACAGCAACCUUACUCAGUGCAGUCGCCACGCUACUCACCUACCUCGCCUGUUGCGUACUCUCCCACGUCUCCGGUGGCCGGAGUUGCAUCUCCUUCUUACGGCGAGGGCGCACAGGAGUACUCGCCUACUUCUCCAGCGUAUGAGCCUGCAGAUCCUUUUUCUCCGAAUCCAUUCGCGACUGAGGUCGCUCAAGACGUGGAAGUCACAGAGGAAAACGCAGAGGGUUCACCUGAAACUGGGUCAGGUGGGGCGGUUUCGUAGGCUCCAUAUAUGUGGAACCGGUUCCACAAGAGAUAUCCAAAGGAGCACAGUGGCAUGCCCAACGUUUCGCUAUUCACUGGAACAGUCGGAUAGGGGCAGCGUAAAGUGA